AUACAACCGGCCAGUAACGCUCACACUCACCGAAAACGCUCGCGAGUUCACCGUCAAAUGUCAGCCAAUGCAACGAUAACACAGCGACUGUCGGCAGCAGAGAGUGCAAUAGCAGCGCAGCGCUGACAGCAUUGUAACGUUGCAAAAGCGCGGUUGGCUGGGUCAGUUCGUCGUCUCGUUUCGUGUGGUUAGGAGUCGAAUUGAAUCGAAUUGGAUUGGCAAGCAUUGAAUAGAGUGUUGUGCGAAUUUGUACGGAUUAAUGCAUAGAAUAAAGUGGAUGUUUGAGCCAAAAUUGUUUAAUUAAACGGUGCAUUCACCGGAAAACAGAAAGUUUGUGGAAAAAGUGAAGCUUCGACAGCAACGCCAAAUGGUGUGCGAAAACUGUGUAUGCGUGAAAGCGAAAUGAAGUGCAAGUGAAUUGGCGAACAGCGAGUGCUGCUAGCGGAGAGAAGUUGAUGCCAGCGGAGGUGGAGUGCGACGAACAAGAUAAAAAUUCAAACAAACGUUUAAUUAUGUGUUCAAGUUCAAGAAGUGUGAUGGAAAUAGAAAUUUGAAUAAUUCAUUAAUAACAACAACAAUAUAAACCAACCAACACGAUCAUACAUGUUCAUUAAAAUGCAAAGUAAACUAAUUUUGCAUAUUUUAGUACAACAACUUGCAGUGGUCACCAUGUGAGCAACAACAAAAAUUACUUAACUAAUAGCUAUAUACACGUAUACGUAAUUUACGCCACAACAACAACACAUUGCCAGCAUAUUCAUGUUUUGUAUAAAUUAAAUAAGAUUAAGUGGAAGCAUUGAAAUACGUAAGGAAAAUAUAAAUAAACCCCAACAACAAGCAGUUGCAACUCAUCGAGCCAGCAAAAAAUCUAUUACCGUAAAAUUUAUGCGUUCGCUGACGUUUUGCGAACCGUUAGAAUUUUUCACACGCUCAGCGCGCUGACAAAGCGCUUGCACAAGUGGCCACAGAGUCGCAAACGCGCCGAACAAGAAGUUCUUUUGCAAAAUUAGCGAAUUGACUGACUGGCGCACCAGCGCAGCGGAAGGAGAGGAAGUGCUGCGCCAAGCGUAUAGCCAGCAGCUAAGUUCAUUCUAAGUGCAUUGGCGGCCAUUUACGACGGCCAACAAAGAGCCAUUGUACGCGAGUGUAUUAUAAGCCGCUUUGAGCCGACCACGUACCGUAUAUUGAUAUGCGUAUGUGUGUGUGUGUGUUUGAGUGAAGUGCAUAAAAAGUUGAAAUGCGAAAAAAGCAACGCGAACGCGUGAAACCGGUUACUUGUUGCAAUUGUAUUUGAACCCUUCCGUGCAAAACAGAAAUAAAUAAAUAAAUAAAAAAAAUAAACAAAAACCGAAACAAAACAAAAAACGAAAAGGCAGGCAGCAGGUUAUUAGGCAGCCGCAGCCGCAGACGCGCGGUGAAUUUCGGAAAUUCACAAAGCUCAAAAAACAAAAAAGUAGAAAGAAAGAACAACAAAAAGAAGACAACGAGUCAGAACCAGUCAGAAGUUAAAAGUUGUUUGCUGUUGAAGUCAGUGCAAAAAGUGAAAAACACUAGCACAACAGCAACAGAACAGCAACAAAAAGGUAAACGAGUAGCCACUGCAGUGCACGGCGCAGUAGCAGCGGCAGCAAAACUAGCAGUAGUGUUGGCAGUGGAGCAGUAGUGGCAAUUGUGGCAGCGCAACGGCAACACCGUGCAAGUCCAAAGCAGCGGAAAUCGAAACUGAAACUCAAAUAGCGAGUACAAGAGGAAGCAGCACAGUUGGACUUAACGAUUUGGCGCAUGCAGUAUGCCGACGGCAAACGAGCGUGUGCAGCAUACCAUAGCCAGUGUUUCUUAACUUUGUGGGCAACUGAAAGAGCGUAGCGUGUUGUUUUCGAAAAUUUAGUCAAAAAAAUACUAAAUAAAUUGUAUACUUGAGUGAAAGUGUAAAGAACGCAAAGCAUUGCAAGUGAAUUUUAUGCUAAAAAAUACAUUAAAAUAAAAAAUAACAGCGACUAGUGGUGUACGGGCGUAAUUUCAUGCUAAAAAAGUGAAGAAACAAAAAAAUUUUGAGAAAAAUUAUUUGAAAAGGUUUUUAAUACGAUUUGCAAAUAGUUUUGAGUAAAUAUAAUUAAUGCGAGUUUUUUGAUAUUUUAAUGCGUCAAAUUUUUGAAAAAUUAAAACGUAGCGCAAAUAUUUGAAGAGACAUAUUUUUAUGAAAUUUGUUCAGCAAUUUUGCUGUUGUGUGUUUUUAAGCAAAAAAUUUACGAUACAAAAAAUAUGCAAUGAAGUGUUCACUGUGAACAUUUUUAUAAAAUUAAGUGUACAAACUUUCAUAAAAGUGAAAAAUUAAAAAGAAAAUAUUGAAAAUUUUUAGAGAAUUAGAGAAAGUGCUGAAGUAAAAUAAAAUUUUGCAAAUUUUCUGCUAAUGCAUGUACGCAGAAAUAAUACCUUAAGAAAUUAAAAAAAAAAAAUUUGUAAAUUUUAAAUAAAGUGGCAGCAUUUAUAAUGCAGUGAGGCAUUGUGUCGGGAAAUAUGAACCUUUUUAUUGAUUGCAUAAGAAACUAUACCUAAAAUGAUUGCUUAAAAACAUGAGAAAUAUUAGUUGUAAUGCAUGCAUAUAACAAAUUAAUUAAUUUUGGCUAAAACUUAUUCGCAAAUCCUUUGAAAAUGUGUGCGGGGUGUCGUGUGAAUUUUGUUAAUUAAAAUAAAAAAAUAAGAAAUUGUGAAGAAAUUGUGUUAAUUUAAAAUUUGUUGACGCUGCGAAGAAAAAAUUGUGUUCAAAAUAUGCUAAGCAACAACUUCGCAUGAGGUUCUUAAGCCAAUUGCUAGCAUAACUCAGUGGCAAACGUGCAACAAGUGGCAAGAUGUUUGCAGCGUGCAACAAAACUCAUUUGCGCAUAAAUGUAAUAUACAAAAUGAGAAAUAAACCAAGCAGUGAUUGAAAAUUUCGUGUGUGUUAAAUAUUUAUAAAUCCUGAAAACAAAAUAGUUGUGUGUGUGUGUAGUACAGAAGUAAGCAUACGUGUCGUUAAAACAAUGUCUGCCUAUUUAAAAACAAGCAUAACAACAAACAGCGCAAAUAAUAACGCCAACACUACUGCCAACAACAGCACGUCCCUCAACAACAACAAUAGCAGUAGCGCUAGCGAAAAUAUUGUAAGCAAUAAAUUAGAAAUUUCAACAAAUAGCCACAACAACAACACUGCCAUAAUAAAUACCUCAGCAGGAGCGAACGCAUGCGCAAAUACAAAGCCAGCUGAAGCCACCAACGUUGCGGCGCAACUUUCACUCUUCGAUCAGCUUAAGAAUAGCGCAAAUCUCAAUAAUAUCAAAUGCGGCAACAACAACAACAACAGCAGCGAUAUUAAACUUACAACUCAGAAGAAUCUCACCGAUUGGCGUAGAUUGGCCGACGAUGAUAGCAGCAACAACAGCGCGUCCAGUUGUAGCAGUAGCAGUGACAGCGAUAGUAGUAGCAUUUACAACGCCGGCGGCUCAGCGCGUAUUGGCUCGAAUGAGCGUAAAAUUAUAGACUCUUUUCAGCAGAAAUUUGUUGCCGCUGUGUUAGGCAACGCCAACAGCAGCACACCAAAGACAAUCAAAAAAGAAACGACACCAAUUACUGCCAAAUUGGACCAUGCAACAACGUGCAACAGCAAUUGCAGUAGUAUUAGUGUAAGCAAAAUGCAUGGGAAAGAAUUCGAAAAGUUGCCUGCCGCAAAAGCGCUUGUGCUGGCGACAAUUGUCGGUGAUAAGAAAGAUGCGGAGGCAUGCAACAAUAUUUUAGAUCUCACUCUACAACCCGCCGCCAAGCGUAGCAUGUGCUUAAGAGCGCCGGCCAAUAAAGCCAAGGGUGAAAUUAAGGCCACAGCCACUGCCACAGUCGACGCAAUAACUCAUGCCACAGCCGCAGCUGCAUUAUGUAAGAGCAGCGUGAACAAGUUAAGCGGCAACACCACUAACAGCCUGUGUGGCAGCAACGCAGAUGCGCGUGGUGACAGCAAAUUGUGCAACACAACCGCAAACGCCUACAAUGCCGUUAAUGGGGCGAGCAGCAGUGAGAGGGAAAGUGCCAGUAAGAAUAUCAACAACAAAAGCAAUAGCAAUGGCAGCGAACACAAUAGACUGAGCCACAGCAAUGCUAAUUGCGUGUCAACAAAGCUGACCGGCGCAAGCCAACAGCAACAACAAAAGCAAAUAAAAUUCCCCAUGCCCACACUGCCACCGCCCUCAUCGACGGUCAGCGCAACAGCUAAGCCCGCUGUCGAUGGUAAAAACCGCAAAAGCAAUAACAACACAACUGCAAACGCUGGCAGUGUCGGCAUUGUGCGUGGCACUAAACGCGCCGCCGGUGCCGCAACAGAGGUCGAUGCGCCUGCCACCUCAUCUUUGAAUAGCUUCACUACACCUGCCUCUGUGGCACCGCUAACGGCGCAUUACUUCGCGUUAAGCAAGCGACAAAAGCAAGCGUCAACGGCCACAACAACAAUGAACAAUUCCGCACAUUUCUCCACCGGUUUACUAAGUGAUCAACAACAAAAACAAUAUAUGGAAAAUAUACGCGCUCUACUCGAUUCGGAUAAGCUAAAUUCGGUUUACGCGCGUCACCAGAGCGGCAGCGACCUCAAGUCUGUCGUCUAUUCAGCGCUGACAAGCGCUUUAUGCGGCGGUAACAGUGCUACGGCCACAGCGGCUAGCAAGCUGCUGGCAGCCGCCAAUCAAGCGAAGAAGAAACGCAAGAAGAAACGCUGCACGGAUCGUUGUGAUUCAUCGGAAUCUUCAGACAGUGGUGUCGUGAUAUCACUAAGCAGCACAGACUCUAGCACUGGUUGCAGCGAAGAUGCUUCGGAGCCGGGAUCGCCAUUUAGCCAGAACUCAAUAAUAGGCGACGAACAACAUAGCAACUCGCCCGCCAAGGCCAAUAAAAGCAGCGCUGAAAAUCAUACAAUCAUGCCACCACAGACUACAAUACUGGCUGCGGCGAAUAACAGUAACAACAGCGGACAGGCUGCCAGUAAUAGUGCGAAUGGAUCGACCAGCGGCGCUAGCGGUUAUACCCAAACUGUCACAGGAACAAAUAGCAAUAACAGCAACAACACUGCCAAAUUAAAACAAAUACAACAACAACAACAAAAGAACAAUAACACUGCCACUGUCCGCAAUGGACUCCCUACUCUUCAAUGGCCGUGGAACACACCGGCAAGUAGUAGUACUGCACACACCAUAAACACAUCUGCAUCUAUACAAAACAGUAAGAAACGCGGUGCCGUUAGUGCGACCACCGCAGACAAUAGCUCAGGUAAAAAGGCACGAAACGCAAGUGCUGAUAGUACAACAAAUGCUGCAACCGCGGUGCCAACUGGCAACGCAUCUGGAGCCAGUGCUGCAAAAAGACUGAAAGCGGCGGCAUUAGAGGAGUCGCAAACAAAAAUCACCGGUUACUUCAAGUCACAAAUGAAGUCUCAAAUUCAUCAAAAUAACAUUACAAAGCGUAAUAUGGAAUCUGUACUGAUUGCCGCAUGUAGCUCAUCGAGCACGGGUCUCAACACCACUUCGCUUACGAUGAGUGCGCCCGCCACCACAGCAUCACUAAAUAAAUAUUUCAACAUUUUAGAGCAGUUAAAGGAAAAUAGCCACAAUAACGGCAGCGGAAGUAGCAAUAGUAAUGUUACUAUUACAAAGCCAACGCUAGUUGCUUCAUCAUCAUCCAUAAAUAGUAGUAUAAUUGCUGCGGCACCACCUACGCCGACCUCCAUUGCUACAGCCUCUUCCACCUAUGUUACACCAGCGUCCGGAUCGGGCGGCGUCAUUGCAUUGACUACAGCUACUGCCAUGCCCUCCAUGCCUGUGCCUGCUUUGAAGAAAAUCGAACGCAGCAAACCAACGAAAAUAGCGCAGGUCGCACCGAAUUUACGGAAAACCCCUUCUACUUCAGGCAACUACAGCGGUGCAACAGGCAAAUCCCCAGCAAAAAAACAUGUCGCAAUAGCGCCGAGAACACCUGAAAUGAAACAACAACAAAUGCAACAGCAGCAGCAACAAGCGGCAGCGAAGGCCGAAGCAGCGGCAGCCAAACAAACAAGCACAGCGGCAAGCUCACAACAGUCCCAAAAUGCAACGCAAGUAACUGCAAAUCAGCCAGCAGUUCUACUUACUGCCAUACGUUUGCCUACUCAAACUACAACGGCACCGACACCGACGGCAUCCGCGCAACUGAAACAGACUGUAUCACCACCGAAAUUAACACCGGUUGCAACCGCUACUGCGACAACCACAAGCGCUGCGCCUGCCACCGGACAAACGCUUUAUCAACUGCCAGCUGUGCAACUGCCGAAUUUAGUCCAACUGCCUCAGCUGUUAGCUGCCACCAAUGGCGCUAAUAUAAUGCAGUUGAACAACGUGGCCACGGCCGCGAAAAACGCCAAUCCUACAGCGUCCGCCGCAGCCGCUGCUACAUCAGCGCAGGCAGCACAAGCUGCUGCCGCGCAAUAUUUUCUUAAUGGCACUGUCUUCAAACUGCAGCAGUUCACAACAGCGACUACCACGACGGCAACGUCUGCUGUAGCUGCCGCAAGCGCUGCAGCAACAGCGAAUCCAUUCAACUUGAUGACUGCGGCCGACCUCCAAGAAAUACUCAUUAAGCAGCAGCAACAGCUUCAACAACAGCAACAACUGCAAUUGCAACAACAACAGAAAGCGGCUGCUGUAGCCGCCGCAGCAGCGGCGUCAGCCACUGCCCAAGCUACUAAUACAAGUUUCCAAGAGAUCUUCCAGCAGCAAAUUGCCGCUGCUAUUGCGGCAAAUCAACAGCAACAACAGCAGCAGCAAUUUCAACAGUUGCAACGCUUGGGCGCCGCCGCUGCGCAACCGGUAUUCAUGGCCACUCCGGCGGGGCUUCUGUUGAACGCCGCUUCACUGCCAGCUAUGUUGGCGCAAGCGGCCGCUGCUUUAGCCGUCAAUAACAAUCAGCAACAACAAAAACAAAUGCAAAUGCAGCAGCCGCAUCCACAGCAGCUGCCGGCACUCCAGCCAAUACAAUCCAGCGCGUUGCCUGCGCUAAGUUCCAUUUUCGCUAGUGCAGCGCAGCAACAACAGCAAACGCACUCCUCACACGAUCAGCAUACAGACUUCCAGCAGCAGCAGCAACAACUGCUAGCAUUUUUGCAACAACAACAACAGCAGCAGCAACCACAAUUCAUAACAACAAGCCAACCACCACCGUUAUCGGCUGUAAAUUCAACUUCGCCGCAAACUGCAACUGCCGCUGCUACUCUAACGCCACUGCCAAUAAAUGCAUCUUCAACCGCAACUCCUGCAAAUAACGCAAACACUGCCAAACUGGCCAUAGUAAAAGCGACUACUGCCGCCACACAACCGCAACAGUUUGCCGCGCUCAAUUCGCAACCGCCGCCAUUGGUCACCAUUUCGCACGGCAAAGCACGCGCUACUGCAAUCGCACCGGCAACUGCCACCAGCGCCGCUACCAAUGCUAUUGCAACGACGAGCAAACCGGCCGCAUUGGCUAAGCCAUAUCAAAAGCGCAUGCCGAAGGUGGCGCCAGCGCCUGUGCCAGUAGCGCCAGCACCGAGCAAAUCUGCGCUGACGAGCGCCAAAGCGAAAAUUUCCACUGGUUGCAAAAUCAUUGCCACACCCACCACGCCGCCGCCGCUAGUGCCAGCGCUCAGCAGCAAUAACAGUAGUGUUGUUAGCACCGUUGCCUCUGCACCGAGCAGUCGUAGCGCUCCAGUGGCGAAGCAACUGCUACCGACCGGUGGACUGCCUACGCCUGCGCUCAUAAGCAUUGCACCAGCACCUGCGACAAUCACAACAACAACCACUGCAGCAAUUAGCGCAGCGACAGUACCGAGUGCCAUGAAAAUAUCGGCUUUGCCGCCGCUUGCGCCCAAGCUAACGCCGGUCGCCGCAUCGAUAACAACAACAGCAGUGUCAUUCAGCGCGGUAAUGCCAACGGCAGCGAAGGCAAUAGUCGCGAGCGCUGCCGUCUCAGCGACAACAAGCACAACAUGUACUCCAGAUCUCUUCGAUUUAGUAAAAAAUUCGAAUGGCGCCAUCACUAUAUCAGCACCAUCCACUAUUUGUAACAGCAAUAACAACAAAUGUCACAACAAUACUUUCAAUAAGUGUGCAGCGCUACUGCCAUCAUUCUGCCACUCAUCGCUGUCAUCAUAUUCAACUGCAUCAUCGCCCUCUCUCUGCUCCUCCACACAUGCCGUCUCCAGCGAUGGCUUUUGCUCGAAGAUCAAAGAGGAGCCGUUGGACGAAGUGGCCAAUGCGCCCUCAGCCAACACUUCGGACAGUGGUAUCAAAUUGGAGAGCUUUAAUACGUCCACGCAUAGUCAAAUGUUAUCGGCAGAUAUUAAGGUCGAACUAAUGGAGGACACAACCAAAAUGUACCCCUCAACCGUCAAUAGUAUUUCGACAAGCAUUGCUAACGGCAUCACGCACGCGAAUGAUUAUUCAUCGUAUUCCUUCAGCUCACACUCGAAUUCGGUCUCCUCGGCCGCUGAUCUUUCACUAGAAGCAUCUACCCCACCGUCGCUCUCUUCCCUGUCCGCUUCUUGCUCCUCCGCACCGUCGCCGGUACCUUCCUCAUCGGCGGGUGCAUCACCGCGUAAUUCGCCGCCUCCAUUGCCGCCAACACAACCAUGCGAAUCCAAUUCAGCUUCCCUAAGCUCCGAAUCCUCCGCUUCGUGUGUUACGGCCGCUACUGGCAGAGAUAUGCUCAGCGAGAUGGUUACAUCGUCAUGCAUAUCAUCAAAUCUCGCUUCGGAAAUGUCGAAUUCGGCUGAUGGCUCAACCAUACAUGCGAAGUCACUUACGUCCGGCCUCGAAGAUGUCGAGAAAGAUGUCAGCGCGGAUGAGGAGAGCAGCGAAAAGCGUGACUUGCCCACGCCAGAGUCCGGUAUAGGUGGCAGUUUGACGGCUAGUGAAAGCAGCGAAUCCAUCGUUAGCACAAUUUCCAACAACAGCAGUAAAGCUGAAAUUAUCGCCAACAUUAUCAAUUCAAUCGACUCAAAUUCACCGCCACCCACGCCACUGUCUACGAUUAGUGCUAGCAGCACAGAAAGCGGCAGUCACAUUAGCAGUUGCAUGCGUAACGCCAUUGCUGACAUCAAUUCCAAUAGCAGCAAUGCAGCAUCGCCACUCUCAUCAUCAUCAAUAACUAGCAGCGCUGAUUUAAUCACCAAUUCUACCUCCAAUAGUGCCGUACCCACUGCACCGAGUUUGUCGAAUAGCAUCGAUAACAGUAACUCGAAUAGCUGCACAAGCAGCAGCAACAGCAGUGUCAGCGGCGAGCCGCAAUCGACCACCAGCAGCAAUUGCUUCAACUCAUCACCGACGCUUAUCGACACCAAGCUUGCGGAAUCCGCCAGUGAAGCGUUGCCCAAAUGCGCCAUUUCGCCCAUACUCUCACAGCCGAAAACUAUACGCUUUCCUGCGGAGACAGGUGGUUUUCGGUAUGGUCCAAAAGGUGCUAAACGCCACGACGGCGUCUGCUACUGGGAUAAAUGCAAUAAGAAGCAUGAUAGCUGCUCCAAAUUGUUGGAUCAUAUGCAGACUCUGCACGUCAAUACGCAAACUGGUCCAUUUUCAUGCCUAUGGGUCGGCUGCAAGGUGUACAAUAAGGAAUCGUGCUCGCGUCGCUGGUUGGAACGACACGUGCUAUCACAUGGAGGCUCGAAACAAUUCAAAUGCAUUGUUGAAGGUUGCGGCUUGCGUUUCGGUUCGCAGUUGGCUCUUCAAAAACACGUAAACAAUCAUUUUACGGCCACCGAAAAUAAGGAGAGCUCCAAUAAGCGUACCUCGGAUCCGCCAGUGCCCAAACAGUUGCGUAAGAAUGGCAAAAAGUUGCGCUAUCGACGUCAACCAUUUUCAGCGCGUAUGUUCGACUUCUUUGAUUCCGGCAUAAUGGAGGGUCUUCAACAUCGUCUGCGGCAAAUAAGUGUACUCUCGAACGCUUGCAACACAAUGACGUUUCAGGGUCAGUGCAUGAUGCGUCGCAAAACACAGCAAGGCAGUUACGAAAGCUUUGUUCGUUGGUCACCGCAUGAAAUCAUUUCCGACGAGUGGGUGCCGGCUUGCGAUGGGCCUUACACGAAAACAGUUAACAUUAAACGUAUGCGUCCCGCGGAGAAGAUAAAGGUUGAGAGUCUACUCAUGACCGCUUACAAAUUGCCAUAUUCGACAAAUCUUUUCGACGACGUUAGCGAUGAAGAUGAUGAUGAUGAGGAGGCCUCUGAUGAUGGCGAUGAAGAUGAUGAUAAUAAUGAUGGCGAUGACACCGAAUUGGCGACUUUAGUGGAAACGGUGCGCAGCUCACAACAACAGAGUGUGCUUGCAAUUUCCCGAACGCAAAUGCAGCAACGUCGUAAACAUCCACGUAAGCCGAUGAAACGCGUACAAUUGGAAAAACCAUUGAACGUUUAACUUGCCGAAAUUAUUCGCCGAGACAAACGCUAUUGCUGCUCAAUGAUCUCCUACUAAGAAUUAGGCAAUGUUUGUGGCAAAUUGAAAGUCUGCAAUAUAUAAGUUAAGUGUUUCAUUUUUAAGGCGCAUGGACAACAAUGACAACAACAAUAGCGCAUACUACGCAGCAGUCAUACAUAAUUCAGCAUAUAGUAAUUUGUAUUUUUUGUUAAAAUUAAUUGUAAAACUAAAUCAAAGAUGACAGCGCAUAUAUAUAUGUAUAUAUAUAUAUAUAUAUAAAUUAUAUUUUUUUAUACUUCCGUUUGUAAAUGUCUUAAAAGAGCGUAGAUUGCAUAAACUUACAAAACGCAUUUUAUGUAAAUAAAAUAUUUAGAGUAGCACAUAAUAAUCAUAUAUUUUAACAUAAGAGAAUUUAGCGUACACAUUAUUUUUUACGAAUAAUACAUUUAUAAGCGACUUAAAAACUUAAAGCAAACACAUUUAAAAAAAAAAUACUUUCAGUUUUUAUUUUCUAUAUUUAUGCCUAAUCAAUUAGUUUUAUUUUGAUUAAGUAUGUUUUUUAGUUUAGAAAAAUGUUUUGAUAUUUGUUUUUAUGGUGCAAAAUUAUAACUUUAAUAUUUUUUGUUAAGUUGUUUUUUAACAUGAAAAAGCUUAAAAUAUCUUUUAUAACAAUUGUUACAUAUAAAGUGCUUCUGAGUGCUGUUUGUUGGCGA